AUGUCGUCGUCUAUUAGGUCCAUCUUGACAGUCUCAGACGAAACGAGGGCCGCCCCUCGACUUGUGGCAAACAUAGGUGAUCUACAUGAUUUUGUGAUGGCGACGUACCAGCCCCCGCCCCCCUCGCGAAUGCAAGUAUCACGCUCAUUACCUGCUCCUUCCCAACAACAGUCGGCGAACAUGAACUCAAGCCAACCAUUCCCUGUCAGGGAUAAAACCUACUCAACUCAAGCCAACCGUCUUCGGUUAGAAAGAAGGGGUACAAUUCACGGCUAUCAGAUACCGGUCCCAUGCCACCACCCCAUCCAAGCUACUCUCCUUUAUCAAAGUAUGGAGAGGGACAAAGUUUCGACGACGAUAUCUUCGAACUCUCUUCCAGAAACUCGCCCACUUCAAUCUCUGCGGCUCUAUAUCCCGGGCCACGACAGCAAUCACGCACACCCCUUGUCUGCUAACAACUACAGUAGCGCCCAUCUGAACUUCCAAGGACCACAUGAAGAAGAGCAGCACCAGGAUGUAUAUCCACCUGGGCCCAGCUCGUCCGAUAAGCAAUGCAUCACUCCCCUCAGCAUCCCACAAACCAUCUCACCAGCUGAACCGUCUUCAUCGUCAUCAUACUCACACACAACCUACCUCCCCACUACACCCACCCGCGUCGAAUUCGACCCCUCCAUGCCAAUCAACGCAUCCGACUAUGUGUUCUCACCUUCGCCGGCCACUGUCCCAGGUCAGUCUAGGGGUAUAGGUAUCGACAAGGACGAGCAGCGAAAGUCAGUACCAAAAGUAUGCCCUGUCGGACGUUCUUUGGCUCGUCCUAAGGGGCGCGAAGCCAGUAAAGUACACGUUCCGAGUGGGAGUACGAGUACGACGAGCAUGUCCCCAUUGUCGGAUUUGCUGGUGCCCAGUGUGCCGUUGAUGCCUCCUGUACAAGUGCAAGCGAACCACAGGGUGGUGCCCCAACAUCGUCUUCACCAGGGAGAUUCGGUGCAGGCUGUGUCUUCUGUUCCCGCGUCUACUUCUUCUGUCCCCCAAAGCCCCCAAGACAAAGACAAAGACGCCACUUCGUCGACUACAAGCACACCAACACCAGCGCCGUUCAUCUGCCCCUCCGGUCGUUCUCGAGUCAAUUUAAAAGCUAGACUCAAACCCAGCACCACCGACCCAUCCCCAACACCGUUCAAGAGUCUUUAUCACUUGAUAGGCAAAAUCAAGCAACCGGAUAAAGGAAAACAAAGAGAGCAGGAUAAGCAGGUGGAAGACGGAGAUGAGAUGCAGAUGAUGCCGAUGUCGAUGGAAUUUGAGUCGACUUCGAAUCUCUCGAGUUCAUGGUGUUUGAUUGGGCCGACAGUUGAUUUGGGAGUGGGAGUUGGAUGGGAUGAGGUGGCGGAGAAGGUAUCUGAUAUUCGGAGGGCUACUGAUAUGGGUGCUGAGAACGCUUAUGGUGGGGAACACGCAAUGGAAACGGGAGGCAAGUCGAGGGUUGGGAGUUAUCCUUUGAAUCCGUUUGAUGCUGUUCUUCUUGACCACGAUAGAUGGACGGGGGAGCUGUUACGCCGUUUGAACACGACUGACUCGCCGACGUUCUAUGACUAUGGGUCCUCGCCUCCUCGACAAGUACUUGACCUUGGAUGUGGACAAGGACACUGGGUCGUUGAAGCUGCCAUAAAAUGGAGCAGAUACGGGACCAAGGUGAUUGGGUACGACAAGGUGGAUAUUUCAAAGGCUUUAUUACCACUCGCCGUCGAACAUAGGGUAAAGCGUCAAAUCGAGUUCAUUCGGGGAAAUUUCCUGAACCAACUCCCCUUCGACUCCAACACCUUCGACUUGAUAAGAAUGUCAUGCCUCACACUCUGUAUACCCACAGGCUCAUGGGCACACGUAUUCGAAGAAGUCUAUCGCGUACUCUCCCCAGGUGGACGACUGGAGUUGAUUGAAGAUGCCAUCAUCUUCCCGCCCCAACCCCCCAUCACCCCGCCUCUCAACUUUGAAUUCCUUUUCGAACACAUGCUCUCCAAGACAUAUGGCAUCUCCCUCCAUCCCGAGACGUUCAUCUCGCAAAUGAUGAAAGAUAUAUUCGGAUAUGGGGAGCUUAUGGAAGUCAUGCAUCUUUUCCUCGCUCAUCGCGAUCCCUCCACUGAGGAAGACCAAGACGAAGCUGCUGUAAGCGAGGCAGAGAUGAACCCAACUACGGGUCUCCUCCUCCUCCCGUCAACCUAUCUCCCCAUGGAGGCGGAAGAACUCGAGAUGUACACGACGAGACAUAUGAGGACGUUGUUAUCGUGCAAACAUAAACUGGUAGAACAUGCCAUCGAAACAGAAGAUGUGAAUGAUGAAUUGGUGCAGGAGGCUCUGUAUGAAUACGAAAGCUCGAUGCAUCAGAGGUUCCAGCAUAUACACCUCGAUGCGAAUGGGCAGGUGUCGGACUUGCAGACUUCGAGCGAUGGGAUGGGUAAUGUCCGCACGUUCCGCGUGUUUGGGGCUAUCAAGAUGGAGAGUGUCGUGUUUACGUCUAUGACUUGA